GUUUUAGGAAACUGCAGUGACAUCAAGCGUUCAGACCGAGUUCGUGUCGCCGUCGAGUCAUUCGGCACCGGGGUGGCACUCAACGAUGUUGUGACUCAACUCAUACCUUUGCGGUCAAUCAAACGUCAUCGACCUUCCUCUCUCUCUCUCUCUUUCCUCUUUCUCCUUUCCAGCCCCAUAUCUCAAUACCUCAACAACAAAUCCCAUCUCCCAGCAUCCCAAUGGCCGCCGCAGAAAGCCUACUACGCGAAGAAGACGCCUUCCUCGCUGUUCAGCGCCAGUUGAAGGAGCUGAAGACGACUAUCUCGCAACUGAGCAAGAAGAAUUUCGUGCUCGAGCGCGACGUUCGCUUUCUCGAGCAGCGAAUCGCGCUGCUUAUCAACCACAAGAUAUCAAUCGAGGAGCUUGCUGACCGCUUUGAGGGUGAGAGUCUCGAGCUACAAGGUUCGUUGAGGGACGACAUGAAGCGUCAGCAUUACAGCAACUUGUUCUUUCUUCUUCAAACGGUGCCUGAGUACCUUGCUAAACUAACACGAUCCGUGUCACUGAAUCAGAUCGAUGGUCUUCUCGAGGCUGUGAUGUUCAGCGUGUAUGGAAAUCAGUAUGAGCCUCGCGAGGAGCAUCUUCUGCUGUCGAUGUUUGAAUUGGCGUUGAAGUAUGAAUUCCAGGAGGCAACCGAGUUUACCAGCCUAUUAAGGGCCAACACGGCGAUUACUCGUAUGAUGACAACAUACACGAGGCGUGGUCCUGGUGAGGAGUACCUGAGAAAUGCCCUGAAGGAAAUUGUUGUUGAGUUGGCCAACAGAACUGACUCGCUCGAGAUCAACCCAAUCAAGGUUUAUGAGGAGAUGAUUGAAAGUGGCGAAGUGCAUUCCGAGCAUACAAGCUUUUCAGAAAAGAUGGCAGCUGCAGAAAAACAUGAAGGAGUGAGAAAUCGAGUGGCAGAACAUAGCCGAAAGCUGGAAGGAGUUGCGACUUCAUUUCUAGACACGAUUGUUAGGUCUAUUGAAGACGUUCCUUACGGCAUCCGAUGGCUAUGUAAAGCUAUCAAGCAGCUUGUGCAGCAACACUUUCCCGAAGCAACUGAAGAGAACGUGACGUCUCUCAUCGGCGGUUUCUAUGUACUUCGAUUUCUUAAUCCGUCGAUCGUAACUCCUCACGCGUAUAGAUUGAUUCCCCAUCAACCUCGGUAUAGUGCGAGAAGAAAUAUGACGCUUGUUGCCAAAAUCCUUCAAAGCGUUGCCAACCAGUCUCACGCCAGUGCCGCAGUCAAGGAAUCAUACAUGCAACCGUUCAAGCCGUUCAUUCAUGCACAACAAGCGAGAAUGCGUACCUUCCUGAAUGAGUUAUGUGAUGUACCAGACUUUCAUAGUGACAUGGAGCUGGAACAGUAUUUGGCACUCUGCCAGCCGGAGGUGUCCAUCGACAUCACACUCAAUGAGAUCUACCUCAUUCACGACUUGCUGGUCACGUAUAAGCACGUUUUGGCGCCUGAACCUGUUGAUCACUUGAAUGAGAUUCUCGGGGAUCUCGGCCCUCCCGAAGCGAGACUAAAACGAAAGGACGACGUGCAGCUUACGCUUCCUCUGUUCAGCCGGUGGGAUGCCGUGCCAGAACCCGGCGACUUUGCAAAUCCAUUGCCCUCAAUCGGCCCUCUCAAAUCACCACGAGACCACUCACUAGAAGGAGCCAAACAAAAGUGUAAACAACUGCUGAUGAAACUGCUCAGACUGUAUCCGCAGUGUGCCGAGGAGACGACUCUGAUGAAGGCUCUACUCCUCGCGCAGCAGUCUCCGAGUCGCGACGUCCAAGUCCACGCUGAAAUCACUCUGUCUCAAGUGCUGACUGCUCAGGAGCAGUGCGGCUUGCCAGACGAUGACGGCCACGCUUUGUAUCAGGAAUGCAGAGCGCUGCUGCCAAAGCAACAGAGCAUACAAGAGAGACAAGAGCGAGAGCUACAGAGCCUUACGACAGUAUACGAGACUGUCAAAGAACAUGGCAACUAUUUGUCCGAACAAUUGGAUGCGUAUCGAGAAUAUCUCGAAGCUGUUAGAAAGAAAGUUGGAACUAAGCAGGGUAUCUCUGCCUAUCGACGUCGCUCUCAGACUCCAAUCAGAGUCACGUUUACACAACUCGAACGAGAAGGAGUCGUUGUGGAAGGCAAAGGCAUUCCAGCAUCAAGGCGUGACAAUAUCUAUUUUAUGAUCCUGUCGGAUACACCUGGAACCUACCAAGUCAGCAUGCACUACAAAGGGCGGAGUAAAGAAGUGCUCAGCCGUACGUUCCACCUCGAGGAAGUGCUCGAAAUGCAGCACCUUAGAGACCCGGUCUUGCAGCUGGAAGAUUUCGUCGUGCUCGACGCUCGUCGCGUGCUGACGCUACUCAAUCGCACCUUCAUCAAGCCGUCGACUGGCAGAUAAUGAGGAAAUAACAGUUGUAAGACUGUAGUUCGGGUAGGAGCCGCAGGCGAGCGGUUCCUGUGCGGAAUGUUUUGCAUAGCGUCUAGAGAGCAGAGAAUCACUUGAUAUAGUAGGGUUAGCGUAUUUAUUGUAUCUACAGCUAGAGAUAUAGCGUACAUUACGUGGAAAUUCUACAGUCUAAACGAGCUAUGGCGUGUACAGAUGUUGAUGAGUAAAUGGAAAGUGAUUGAUGUA